CCUGCGCCCAUGGCGGUGGCUAGGCGGAUCCAAACUUUGCUGGCCGUGAACAUUCUGGUCUUCGUGGGCAUCGUGCUGUUCUCUGCCUACUGCCGGCUGCAGGACCGCGCUGGGCGGCGGGCACAGCUCGUGCGCGGCUCCGACCGCAGGGCGCGCAGCCGGCUUGCCGGGGCCGGCGCGGGCACCGACCGCGAGGCCAUCCUGCGGCGCCUGGGCCACCUGGAGGAGGUGGUCUACAAUCAGCUCAAUGGCCUUGCGAAGCCCAUUGGUCUGGUGGAGGGUCCUGGCGGGCUGGGCCAGGGGGGCGUGGCUGCCACGCUGCGCACUGACAGCCAGGAAGCAGAUGUCAAGUACGAGGAGUUUGGGUACAACGCUCAGCUCAGUGACCGCAUCUCCUUGGACAGGACCAUCCCUGACUACAGGCCCAAAAAGUGCAAGCAGAUAACCUACUCUGAAGAGCUGCCCCAGGUCUCCGUGGUCUUCAUCUUUGUCAACGAGGCCCUCUCGGUCAUCCUGCGUUCCGUCCACAGCGUGGUCAACCACACCCCCUCUCAACUCCUCAAAGAGGUCAUCUUGGUGGAUGACAACAGUGACAAUGCGGAACUCAAAUUCAACCUGGACCAGUACGUCCACAGGAGAUACCCAGGCCUGGUGAAGAUUGUCCGUAAUAGCCGACGAGAAGGCCUCAUCCGGGCACGACUGCAGGGCUGGAAGGUGGCUACAGCACCCGUCGUUGGCUUCUUUGAUGCUCACGUUGAGUUCAAUACGGGCUGGGCUGAGCCCGCUCUCUCGCGGAUCCAGGAAGAUCGGCGUCGUGUCAUCCUGCCUGCCAUCGACAACAUCAAGUUCAACACCUUCGAGGUGCAGCAGUAUGCAAACGCCGCCCACGGCUACAACUGGGGGCUCUGGUGUAUGUACAUCACCCCUCCCCAGGACUGGCUGGACCGCGCUGACGAGGCGGCACCCAUCAGGACCCCGGCCAUGAUUGGCUGCUCCUUCGUGGUGGACCGGCAGUACUUUGGGGACAUUGGGCUGCUGGACCCUGGCAUGGAGGUGUAUGGUGGAGAGAACAUCGAGCUGGGCAUGAGGGUGUGGCAGUGUGGUGGCAGCAUGGAAGUGCUGCCUUGUUCCCGCGUGGCCCACAUUGAGCGCAGCAGAAAACCGUACAACAAUGACAUCGAUUACUAUGCCAAGCGCAAUGCCUUGCGCGCAGCCGAGGUGUGGAUGGACGACUUCAAGUCACACGUGUACAUGGCCUGGAACAUUCCCGUGACGAACCCAGGGGUGGACUUCGGGGACGUGUCCGAGAGGCUGGCCCUGCGCCAGAGGCUGAAAUGCCGCAGCUUCCAGUGGUACCUGGAGAACGUGUACCCUGAGAUGAGAGUCUACAGCGACACACUGGCCUAUGGAGAGGUACGCAACAGCAAAGCCAGUGGCUACUGCCUGGACCAGGGCUCGGAGGACGACGACCAGGCCAUCCUGUACCCCUGCCACGGGUGGUCCCCUCAGCUGGUGCGGUAUAGCAGGGAUGGCCUCCUGCAGCUCGGGCCCCUGGGCUCCACCGCCUUCCUACCGGACUCCAAGUGUCUGGUGGACGAGGGCAGGGGCCGUAGUCCUGCCCUGAAGAAGUGUGAGAAUGUGGCCCGACCCACCCAGCGGCUGUGGGACUUUAUCCAGGGCAGCCCCAUUGUGAGCCGGGACACGGGCCGCUGCCUAGAGGUGGAGAUGUCCGGAGAAGCCAACUUCGGGCUGCGGCUGGUGGUGCAGAGGUGUUCAGGUCAGAAGUGGACGAUCAGGAAUUGGGUCACAAAUCCGCAGCCCUGA